UGGCUGCCCGCCGAGACCUCGCCGCGCGUACAGCCCCUGGACUCCAGCACACGACGUUCACAGUCCCGGAGUCCCGUCCGAACCGCAGAGAGAGAGAGAGAGAGAGACAAAACUUUUUUGAAGAAUCUUAUUUGAGCUUGUGCCGUCAUUUCUGUCUCAGUCAGAACCAAGCUCGCUUUGGAUGCAACUUUACCCAUGAACCCUAUCUGAAAUGAAUUGUUCUCAUUUGCGAUUUUAAAUCUGGGGGAAAAGUUUUAAGUGAGUUCUGAAGUUUGUAUUCUGUUUUGUUUUUACAGAGAAACUCGAACGAAAACAUCUUUUACGAUUAACGCAGAAACGAAAACUAGAGGGAAAGGUUUUGUGACCAAUAUAUUUUUUUCUUUCUUUUGAACUCAUUAUCGUUUAUAGCCUAGUCAUUUGUACAGACCGGCAAAGGUUCAAAGAGACCAAGCACCGUGCACUAAAAGUUCAGCUGACUUGCUAACUAAUCAACCAACUUGUUGCUAACUUAAGCGCACAGGAAUAGCGAAGAACCAGGGAAAACAGAACAAGCUCGCGCACCGCAGCUUUAUGGUGAAAUCGAACGUGGGACCUUGAAGAUUUAACUUUAGAACUUAUCUUGAUUGUAAUACGCAUUGCCUCAGUAUGAAGUGGAUCACAUUGGUGUCUACCGUUUGCACUUUGGCCGUGAUUGUUGUCUUGGCAAAGGCUGAGCCAAAAUCGAAAAGUUGUAAUGAAGUCCGACUAGCAUACAGUUCCAAAGGCUUCAACCUCAAUGAUGUUCCUAAUCAAGGAGUGAAUGGUGCACACCUGAAGGUGUGUCCUCAGGGGUUCAGCUGCUGCACGGUGGAGAUGGAGGAGAAGCUCAGCCAGCAGAGCCGCUCUGACCUGAAGGCCCCUGUCAACCAGCUGAGCUCCAGCCUGCAGAGCACCUUCACCCAGAGGCACCGCCACUUCGACCAGUUCUUCCGCGAGCUGCUGGAGAACUCGGAGCGCUCGCUGCACGACAUGUUCGCGCGCACCUACGGGCUGAUGUACGUGAACAACGCCGAGCUCUUCCGCCACUUCUUCCAGGACCUGAAGCGCUACUACGUGUCGGGCGGCGGCGCGGUCAGCCUGGACGCCGUGCUGGCCGACUUCUGGGCCUCGCUGCUGGAGCGCAUCUUCCGGCUGAUGAACGUGCAGUACGAGUUCUCCGACGCCUACAUGGAGUGCGUGGUCCGCCACACCGACCAGCUCAAGCCCUUCGGCGACGUUCCGCGCAAGCUCCGCCUCCAGCUGACGCGCGCCUUCGUCGCCGCGCGCACCUUCACCCGCGGCCUGUCCGUCAUGCAGGAGGUGGUGGGCAAGGUUUCCACGGUGAGCGCGUCGCCGGGCUGCGUCCGUGCUGCCAUGAAGAUGCUCUACUGCCCUUACUGCUCCGGGCAGGUGGCCCUCAAGCCCUGCCAGAACUACUGCCUCAACGUGCUGCGCGGCUGCCUGGCCAACCAGGCCGACCUGGACUCCGAGUGGAACAACUUCCUGGAUGCCAUGCUGAGUCUGGCUGAGAGACUGGGGGGGCCCUUCAACUUUGAGUCUGUGAUGGAACCCAUUGAUGUGAAGAUCUCUGAUGCCAUCAUGAACAUGCAAGAGAACAGCAUGCAGGUGUCACAGAAGGUGUUCCAUGGUUGUGGGCAGCCCAAGCUGGCCGCGAGCUUCAGGUCCCGACGCUCCUUGAAAGAAGGAGGUGGGGCUUUCACCGGACGAUUUCGCCCCUAUACCCCUGACGCCUGGCCCACCACAGCUGCCGGGACCAGCCUCGACAGACUGGUGACGGAUGUGAAGAAGAAGCUGAAGCACGCAAAGAAGUUCUGGUCUACGCUGCCAGAGAGAGUGUGCGCAGGGGAGCAGGUUGCCCCCGGCGACGAGUGCUGGAACGGCACCGCCAAAAGCAGGUACGAGUCGGUUGUCAUGGGUAACGGCUUGGCCAACCAGGUGUCCAACCCCGACGUGGAGGUGGACAUCACAAAGCCGGACACGGUGAUUCGUCGGCAGAUCGCAGUGCUGAAGGAGAUGACCAGCUGGCUGAAGGCUGCCCACAGCGGCAAUGACAUCUCCUUCGACACCGAGGAGGAGGGGAGCGGUGGAGAGGAGAGUGGCAGCGGCUGCGACUCCCCCUCCUGCAAUGAGGACCGGGACAUCUACUUCUCCACCCCCUCGCCCAUCAACCCCCGCGUGGUCAAGGUGGUGCACAAAGAGUACGGCUCGGAGAACGGCGGCGCCCUGGCACGGGGCAGUGCCACGCUGGCGCUGGGCGGGCUGGCCCUGGCACUGCUGCUCCCUCACUGGAGAUAAAUGAAGAACAAAAUAAAAACAAACAGAGGGAUGGAAAAAAGAUAUUGUGAGAAGGAGGAGGGAGAGGAAGAAAGAGGGGGACUGUCAGAAACGACAUUAAAAGACUGCCUUCAUCAGGACCUUUGUCUGCCUGCCAUCUGGGGAAGACUCUUGAGUUAUUAAUAUUAUAAUAACUUCACGUUGUUUUUUUUUUUUUGUCAUCGGACAUCAGUGUACAGCAGUGGGAUUUUUCCUCAAACAUUUCUUCUUUUGAUUUGCUUCUGUUUAUGAUCUUUAUAUUCCUGCAGCCAGCCUAUAUUUUAAAAUUUUUAUCGACCCCCCCAACCCCCACCCCUGCCUCACGCACACACAUCAACAGUGUUGACAAAUUUUAUAUAGAGUAGCAUCCCGUACCUUUUUGUUUUUAUCAGGCUUCUUAAUAAGUGUGAUGAUGAACGUGUGGUUCUGUAAGGGUGUGUACCGUACCCCAGCCACACUGAGGGCUCUGGAAUGUCAUCACUGUGCACAGAUUCCCCCCAAAAAACACACACUUUAACUCUCUGACUCUGUGCAGCCUUCUAGCGUUUUUCACUGCCACUUUUAAUUUUGCUGUAAUUCGCUUUUACAGUGUGUGUGUGUGUGUGUGUGUCUGUGUCUUUGUGUGACUGCGUGCACGUCCAUGCACAAGUUUGUGCCCAAAGAAUAUUUAGGGAAAGGGUGUAGGAAUAUUUGGCUCUCCAGAGUAUGGGGUGUAAUAUUUUGGUUGGAGAGCACAAUGUGGGCAGUAACAGAAUGCAUUAUACAGGGAACCUGUUGCCAGAAGAGCUAUUAAGGGGGAGAACUGGGACAGGUUUCAGUCCAGGGAGAAUUCUGGGGAAUGGGGCGGAGCUUAAGGUAGAGGUUAUGGGAUCAGGUGUGUUGGGGGGGGUAGAGAGUAGUGGGGUGUGGGUGAAAGGUAUGUGUGCCUGUGUUUGUGUGUGUGUGUCUGUCUGUCUGUCUAUGGCAUAUGUGAGUGUGAGGUAUAUACAAUUUUAUACAUUCUGUCGCUGGGUUGGCCAAACAGAGUUAAACAACGGAAAUGUUCCCAUUGCACAUUAGCAACAUGAGUUGAUAGUGCUUGGUGGAGAAAGCGAUCGUGGGUGAUGUCCCGGUGUUAACGUAAAUGUGGGGUGGAAUUAGGUGGGAGAGCCCCCAGAAAGGCAGAACUGACAGUCCGGGAUGACUGAUCUAGGUCGAGAUCCGGUCCAGUUCUGCUGCUAGUUGUGCUAUCAACCCUGAGGUGUUUUAGGGACAGCAAAGCAAAUUGUGGGGAAAUCAUCUGACUGGAUGCUCGAUCUGGACUUCAAUUUGUUUGAGUGUACUUCAGACUUCAUGCUAAACGACCCACUAGGGCUUCCUUUGUGUAUCGGAGGUCUAAGGUGGAAACGUGGAGGUACAUUGAGGAUUACAACACAGGGUUUAUGUGGAGCGAUUUGUUUUUUUUAAAUGUACGAAUUUGUAUAUGAGGUACUCGAGUGAAAAUGUCCACUGUUUCCAGCCCCAGAGGUCUCAGUGUGGCUAAGAUGGGAGGAGCUUUAGGGAGUGGUCAUAGAUGUUUGUUCCAGCAAACGCUUUGUCUUUUUGCUCGCUAAUUGUAACCCGAAUCUCUCCUUUUGUGUUCACACACAUUUCAGCUUAGAAUUUGACCUGACCCAUUGCUAGAGUUCUGCCUUCUUAUUCUUACCGUCCUGUGCCUCGAGGGGGCAAGUAAAAAAACUUGCGUACCUCACAACGUCAAGGUGCCUUUCUCUCGACCCUUUCAACCUGGAAAAAAAGCUUAAAUGUUGGUACGUCAAAUGCUACUUUAGUGGGCGAGAGUUCUGCCACAUAGCAUGUCAGUGUGAUUUCUUCUACAACAGAAAAGGAAGUGACACAAAUGAUGUAGCAAGUCUGCUUAUGUAUCCAUAUAUAUGCUUGUAAGUUUAUAUUUUUCUUAUUGCUUAAGAUGACUGACAAGCCUCAUUAGCAUAAUCGGUACCAAGUCCAAAAACCUGUAGAUCCUGUAAAAUCACCUUGUUCCACAUCCAUUAGCUCUUGUACAGUAAAUUAUUUACCUGCAUGUUCUUUUUUAAAAGGCAUUUGCAAACAAGCCUUCAAAAAUACUUUCCAUAAGUAUCUAAAAAUACAGUAUUGAAACAGAAUAUAUAUAUUUAUAUAUACAGAUAAAAAAAGCAUUUUAAUAAAGUGAAAAGUUAGGUAGUCUUUUUUUGUACUAGCAUCCAGGUUUUACAUAUUUUAAAAUAACAACAUUUGUAUUUUUAUUGAGCUCUGUAAGCCACAGUUCUGCUUGUGAACAUUAGUCAGUUUGGAAAUAAGAUGAUUGUCAUCUGGCUGAGGGAAAUGGUUUCAUGGGGAUGUUUGGGAUGAUGCUGGACAGCUACUCCAGUUCUUUGAACUUCUGGUGUCAACGGUGCAGUGCAUUUCUACAUCCAACUAAAAGAGUCUGAAAUAAAAACUGCAUUUGGUUUGACCGUCCACCCCAUGAGCUGGUGUUCAGAGUGAGGCUGGAAAGAAACGCAGGAUCCCAUUGAAAUGCUGAGGAAUGAAGCUGGCCAGCCCGGGGGCUCAUGCCUCUGUUUUCCAUGUACAUGGAAAGGGGGGAGGGAAUUAUUCUGAGCAGGAUGACCAGAAGCUUCUGGAACAACGUGUUUAAAGAUGAUUCAUGAAAGUUUACUUGGAUAUGUGCUUAACCCCCCCACGCCCCCCCCCCCCCUCACAACUCGCCUCCAGUAUGAAAUUAUGCAGAUCCAUGUGUGUAAAUUAAAAAUCAUGGAAAUAUACUGUCGUUUUGCCAUGUCUGGAUUCCUCCUAACCCUGCUCAGUUGGAUGAAUUCUUGUGCAUGUUGAGACAGGAGGGAGGGGGAGGGGGGUGAUGGAUUGCUUGAUCUGACCCCCAGUAAUUGCCAUAAGGAUGCCUCUGUCCCAAAUACUUGUUUGCCUGGGGAAAGUAUGUAGCUUAAUGCAGAGCUGUCCACGCCCGGUCCUGGAGAUCCACAGAUCCCACAGAGCUAAGUGUCUUUUUUCACCCAGCACCUGAUGUGACAUGGAACUGCCUGUUAAGAGUUUUCACCCUGUCAAGUGUUCAAGACCUGAGUUUGAAUGAAGGCCAGAGGCAUGCAGAUAUCCAGCUGACACCAGUGGUGUGGAUCAGGGAUGUGGGAACUGUUAUCAUUGAAUUUGAACUGCUGUGGGAAUUAUUGGGCAGGGGUAUGUAACCCUGCUCCUGGAGUGCGAGAGAUCAUUCAGUUUUUUGGGGCUCCUUCCAAACCCUUAACUACAUAAUUAGAUUAUUUUUAGACUUAUUGAAUGCAGGCAAGUGCUUGAGUUAUUCAGUGUUUAUCCAUUUAGAUUUACACUCCUAAUAAUUGGUCAAACUGUAUGUUGAAGCUCAGAUGGAUCAAAAAACCUGACAAUCUCAGAGCAUUCCAGGACCAGGGCUAUCUACACCCAUUCUGGGAACCCUUUUGGUUUCAAAGAGGAAUCGUGAUAAGAGCUUAUCUUUCUGACACAAAAAGGACUAAAGUCCUGAGACUGAAAUCCCAACGGAACAACCUCACAGAAGCCUCUUAUCCUUAUGACAGGUGGGUGGGGUGGGUGGUGGCAUCUUGUAAAUACUGAACAGCCAUUAUAGAUGUCUCUGAAAGAGGCCAUAUUAACUGUCCAAUGAAUUCCGUACUUUUUCAGAGUAUCUGUUUAAUAUGUCUGGAGGGGAGAAAGAAAUGCGAUAGAUACUAAAAUGUAAGAAAAAAAAGUAUAUUGAAACAUUUCCUAGUCUUGUUGAAAUAAAGACUGCAACUAUUUAAA